GCCUUGGAGUCGCUGGAUAAAACAAAGAAGGGUUUGAGUUAUGAGCAGCCUCAACAAUGCCUAUAAUCUUAGUAACCAGCAGUGAGGACGAAGAUGAACAGGUCGUAACGAACGUGAAGAAGAUCAGAAAGCACGAAGAUGAGUACAGACUGAUAUCAGAUCUGAGUGGCUUUGACAACCUCAGGGCCAUGGUUGAGGCUGACGCUUUACUUAGAGCGAAGAGAAUGGAGAGAAGGAAAACGAACAAAAAGGAGACUGAAAGGAAACGGACGGGAAAAACAGAGAAGAUAACAUCGGUAAAUGUCGAGACCGAAUUAGAAAACCCCCUGAUCUUUUUAGAAAGCAGCGAAGAUGAAGAAGCGAGCAACGUGAAGAAAAGGAAAUACGAAGAUGAAUACAAACGGAUUUCAGAUCUGACUGGUUUUGACAACCUCAGAGCUUUGAUUGAGGCCGAGGCUCUCAGAAGGAGGAACAAGAGGAAGAGAAAUACAAAGAAGGUACCCGGAAAAAAUAUGGCAGAAAGAGUGGAGAAAAGUAUACCGUUAAAGAUGGAAUCAAAAAUAGAAAAACCUAUGAUUUUGAUAGCAAGCAGUAAAGAUGGAGAUGCAAACAUGGAUAAGAGAAAAUUAGAAGAUGAAUACAAAGUGAUUUCAGAUCUGAGUGGCUUUGUCAACCUCAGAGAUAUGUACGAGGCAGAGGCUACCGUGAGGACGAAGAAGAGGAAGAGUCCGAAGAGAAGGAGAAAAAAGAUCGAAUGUAAUGCUCAAGAGAGAGUGUCGGUUGAUGCUACGAACGAGAUGAAGCAGUUGGAUAGAAAUCAAGCUUUAGAAUCAACAGAAGCAUUGGUUACCGAGUCAGUUGAGAUGGACCCUAUUCCAAAAACGAUUCCACAAGACUCUACUACAGAUGAUGUGAACGAGUCAACUCAGCCUACACAGGGGCAAGGCAUUCUUCCCACCCAAUGUAAGUAGUAAAUUGACUCAACUGAGUGUUAAUGGUAGAGGCCAAUGGUUUGUGAUCACUUUACAAGAAUACCAAAAGGUGAUCCAAGUAAACCUAUGGCUGCAUGUAAUUACUGUAGUGCUUUGUAUGCAUGUGAUACAAAGACCAACGGUACAAAGUCCAUGAAGAAUCACAUUGAAAAAUAAUGUAAGAAAUGUCCGUUUAAUCAGACGGAUAAAGUCCAAACUACUUUAUGUUGGAAGGCGGAUGGAGGAAAUGUUAGUGGGGGAUUUGUGUCCAUAGCAUUUAGUAUUGAGACUUGCAGACAAGCCUUAGCAGAGAUAAUUAUUCUUAAUGAGUUGCCAUUUAGGUUCAUUGAAUGAGAGAGUUUCAAGAAGUUUAUGCUUGUUGUUUGCCCUAAGUGGAUAGAGAUUCCAUCUCGUAUUAUGGCUGUGAAUGAUUGCUUUAAUGUAUAUAUGAAGGAAAAAAAUAAAUUGAGAAGCGCUCUUCAAGGGCAACGAAUUUUCCUCACUAUGGAUACAUGGACAUCCGUGCAAAAUCUCAACUAUAUGUGUCUCACUGCACACUUUAUUAAUGAUGAUUAGAAUCUACACAAGAAUUCUUUCUUCUUGUUUGGUUGAAAAUCACAAGGGUGAUACACUUGGUAGGGCCAUAGAUAUGUGUUUGCAUGACUGAGGACGACCGAAAGUACUUGCAAUCACACUUGGCAAGGGCUGAAAAUUUUCGAAAAGCUUUUAAACGGUUCGAAGAAAAAGAUUCGGGGAUUUUCCAAAAGCUUUUGAACGGUUCGAAGAAGAAGAUUUGGGGUUACUUAGUAGUAUUGGAGAUGGCAAUGAUGACAAUGAUAUGGUGAAUAGGAGAACGCCAAAAAAGUUAGGGCCUCCCAAUAAUAUUGAUUAGGAGAAGAUAAGGUUGUUUGUGAGGUUUCUUCAACUAUUUCACGAUGCAAUUUUACGUUUAUUGGAAAGUCAAUAUGUAACUUGCAACUCCUUUUUUUCGGGGUUAGGUACAAUUCAAUAUGCGAUUGACAUGGAGUGUAAAGAAGGAAGUCCCGAUGUGGGAUUAAUGGCCCCAAAUAUGAAGAAAAAAUUUGAUAAAUAUUAGGGCAACAUGGAUAAUGUGAAUAUGUUGUUGUUUAUUGGGAUAAUUCUUGAUCCUCAAUACAAGAUGCAAUAUCUUGACUUUGCAUUGGAAUCAGUGGAUGUUCAUGAUCCCACAAAAGUGGUUGAUUUGAGUUGGAAAGUGAAAAAUGCUUUAGCAUGUAUGAGGCAUACGUUGAAAAUGAAGAAGGGAACAAUUCUGGUCAACAGCAAUAGCGCACAAGUUCCCACGUGAAGAUGUCAAUCCUAUAGAUAGUAGUGGUAGAUUUCAGGAUUGGAAGGUACAAAUAAUGGCCUUAUUUAAGCAACGGUUAUAGUCGGAAAACUCUUUGAAAAGCAAGUAAGAGUGAUAAAUACCUAGCUGAAAGUUGUGAAGAAGAAUAUGCGUUUUGACAUUCUAAUUUGGUGGAAGGGUAAUUCAGUUAAAUAUCGGGUACUUUCAAGAGUUCAGCGCGAUAUACUUAUAAUAUCGGCAUCCACAGUGGCCCCUAAAUCUACAUUUAGCAUGGCGGGUCGUGUCCUUGAUUCUUUCCGAAGUAAUUUUAUCUCCAAUGAUGGACGAGGGUCUCAUUUGUGUACAAAAUUAGCUUCGUUCUUCUUUUACUCCAAUCAGCCUUUGGACUUUAAUGGAUGAGGUGGAGGAUUUUGAAAGGUAACUGGAUAUGGAACUUGUUCAGGAGGGUGGAAAUUCUAUGAAGGUAUCAAAUACAAUGUCUACAACCAAUGCAGAUUAAUGAGAUACUAUAAUAUUUCACUCAAGAACUGUCAUUUAUGCACAUUUGGAAUCAACAUACUGACUUCAAGACCUUCUCUUCCUCCCAUGGGGAUUGGCUUGCUUUGGGGUACCGUGAAAAGUAUGCCAAACCUGAAGAUGUAGGAGCUGCCCAGGAGGAUAAAUCUAGUAGCGAGGAGCUGAUAAUUGUAUAAUUGUAUAAUUUGUAUUGAUGUAAAUGCUGCUGUGUUUUUUUUAGGGCUUUGAUGUAAAUAAGACUGCUACUGUUAUUUUUUUUUAGACCUUUUCUUUUAUUUUUUAUUUUUUAUUUAGAGUUGUCUUAAUCAGAAUGUAAUGCUAGUUGUCUUUAUAUAUAUAUAUAUAUAUAUAUAAAUAUAUAUAUUAUUCGGAGUUUGAAAUUUGGAUGGUUAUUUAAUUAGGGAUUUUAGUAAUUAGUGAUUUUUUUCAAAAAAAUUUCUUUAUCACUAUUUUUUAAUUUUAUUAUUAUGAUUGAUAACCUUGUUUAAGUUUGGAUUGAUAUAGAAAUUUUUUAUUUUUUAUUUUAAGUAAAAUUUUUUAUUCAAAUUUAUUUUAUAUAGAUAAUUUUCUUUUUAUGAUUAUUUUUAUUUUCUUUUCAAGUUCUUUUUUGGUAAUUUUUUACUUAAAAUUGGAUAAAAUGUUAAUGAGUUUUCAUUGUUGGGUUGAAAAACAAAGGAUAUUAAAAUUGGGUCAUUGGUACAGGGUCGGACCAGACCAGACAGAAAGGGAUUGGAUUGGUCCUAAUGUCUGUUUGGUCCAAUCUGGUCCACAAAACCUCCUAUGGACCGACUGGACGGGAUUGAAUUUAUCCCUAGUUACAUUAUUUAUAUAAGAAGAAUAUGGCACAAAGAUCAUAGAAAAUAAUGAAGGCAAACAUGGAGCCAUCAAUAGAAAGGCCUAUGAAUUUGGCAGCAACCAUUAAUGAUGAGGAUGUUAGAAAGGGAACUUUGAUGGUAUAGGGAAAGAUGACAACCCGAAAGUGAGGAAAAUAUUCCUUCCAUUCAUUUCUGUACUACACGAAGAGUAUUAUAUUCAUGGUUGAAUCCAAACAAAAUAGUGACAGGGACAAUUGAAAAAUGCUAGCACUACAGUCAUGUAUAGAGAAGGACAAUUGCACAGAAUUCAUUUGCAGAGUAAAUCAGCUUGCUAACUUUUCAUAGUGGACAUUUGCAUGUCCUUGGCCUCUUGCACAGCUCUGCAUGAGAAUAGCUGCUUGUGUGGCUCAGGAGAAAAUACCAAAUGAUUCUCUUAUAUCUUAAGAGAGGAUGCAAACAACACAAAGAAGAUAGAACGCAAAGAUGAGUACAGAGUGAUUUCAGAUCUUACUAACUUCGACAACCUCAGAGCAAUGUAUGAUGCAUAGGCUUUCAUGAGGAAGGGAAAGACCGCAUAAAAGCGGAAAGAAAAGGUUGUAUAUAAUGCCCGAGAGGAAAGGUCUGUACGUGAGCCUUUCUUGAAUUCUUCUCCCCUUUCACUUUGGUUAAUUUUUUUUUUCCCCCUUUUUUCUGGUUGGCUUUUUAGAAUCUUUAGGCAAACAUAGUAAGUUGCGAGAAGACAAUGUGAUGGACUCAGUUCUUCCAUGCCAUCUACUGCCUUACAAGUCGUUGUUCUUGAUGAGCAUUUCUUCCGCGUUUUUCACUAUGUUUUUUUUUUCUGUUUCAUGACUAAUGUUUCUAGAAUGUUCGAAAAUCUGACAGUCUCUGUUUCCGAGCAUUAACUUUUCUGGUUUCUUUUCUCAUGACUCUCUCUCCCUCUUCAUGAGUGAGCUGUAGUGUAAGUACUGUGUAACUUCUGAUGUUGCAAAUGAAUAAGAGCAGGCUGACAA